GAGGCAAGCUACCCCUUGGAAAUGUGCUCGCACUUUGAUGCUGAUGAAAUAAAACGACUAGGAAAGAGAUUUAAGAAGCUUGAUUUGGACAACUCUGGUUCUUUGAGCGUGGAAGAGUUCAUGUCUUUACCUGAAUUGCAACAGAACCCAUUAGUACAGCGAGUAAUAGAUAUAUUUGACACAGAUGGAAAUGGAGAAGUGGACUUCAAAGAAUUUAUAGAAGGAGUCUCCCAGUUCAGUGUCAAAGGAGAUAAGGAGCAGAAGUUGAGGU